AUGUUACCAUCCCGAUCGCCGUUCGAUAAAAUUCAGAGAAACAUGCUUUCUAUGAGUUCUGAAGGUUGCCUACUCAAUACUGCAUUACAUUAUGUUUCCGUAUCGAAAAAUGCAGCUCAAGCAAUGGCAAAUGCUGAUGGUAAAAAUAAACAUUAUUAUUUACCAAUUGUCGGUAUAUUAGCUGGUGCUCGUUGGGGAAUUCCAGUAGAAACAUAUAAAGAUAAUAUUAAUGAUGCACAAUUAAUAACUCUUCGUGAGACAUGUACUAAACUAAGUACUACUUGGAAACAAAAACUUGAUCAACCAUAUAAUUGA